ACGAAUCUCUCGCAGUGAGCCGCCCCCCCCCCGCUCGCCCCCUCCGCCGCGGCGCCGGCCUCGCCCCUCCCCCUCCAAGGCGCCGCCGUCCCGCUGCCCGCCUCGCGCCCGUCCGCUCGCCCAGCCUGCGGUGCCCUCGCCCGGCUCCGGCGGGACUCCGCGACUGGGGAGCCUGAGCGCCCCGGGGGCAGGGCGGGGGGAGCCGCGGGCUGUGCCCGAGAGGCAGGGCCGAGGCGGGAGGGCGCUCGCGGGAGGAGGGGAGUAGGAGAGCGGGCGGGCGCCGGCGGCGGGCGGCGGGAGCCGCGGCGCGCGCGCCUCCCGGGCGGUGGUGGGCGCAGCCCGAGUUUGUCCUGGUGGCUGAGCCUCACCCCCACACCUAUUGGUGCAUCCGGAAGAUUCCCUGACUGGUCAAGAGCCGGAGGAAGAAGAGACCUGGAAGUCCCAACAUGGGGACCAGAGCUCCCCAGCCAGCCUCAUAGUGAGGAAAGCAGUCAGAUCGCCUUCCCCAUCAACCACAGGGAUACUUCAGGCAGGGCCCCCACAGUAUGGAGACUGAGGGCCUCUGCUGACCCUCAGUGCCCCCCGCUGCCCUCCACACCUGACCAAAGCUGGGUCAGUCAUGCAAUGCUGAGCAGUAGGAUAGGCCUAGGGGCAGUUUGCCUCACUACAGGGCAAGGAUUGUGGGCAUCAUGGAGGUGUGUGUGAGUGGAGCUCCUGGGUGAGACCUAGCCCCCACCCCCAGGAGCUCAAAGGGGGUGGGGGACCUAGGAUAGCAUGGCUCGGGGCGGAGUGGGGGCUGAGGAGGCCUCCCUGCGCUCAAACGCGCUGUCCUGGCUGGCCUGUGGGCUCCUGGCACUGCUGGCCAAUGCCUGGAUCAUCCUCAGCAUCUCGGCCAAGCAGCAGAAGCACAAGCCACUAGAGUUGCUGCUGUGCUUCCUGGCGGGCACACACAUACUCAUGGCGGCUGUGCCCCUCACCACCUUCGCUGUGGUGCAGCUACGGCGCCAGGCUUCCUCCGACUAUGACUGGAACGAGAGCAUCUGCAAGGUCUUUGUGUCCACCUACUACACACUGGCCCUAGCCACCUGUUUCACCGUCGCCUCACUCUCCUACCAUCGCAUGUGGAUGGUGCGCUGGCCUGUCAACUACCGCCUCAGCAAUGCCAAGAAGCAGGCGCUGCACGCUGUCAUGGGCAUCUGGAUGGUCAGCUUCAUCCUCUCCACGCUGCCCUCCAUUGGCUGGCACAACAAUGGCGAGCGUUACUACGCCCGUGGCUGCCAGUUCAUAGUCUCCAAGAUUGGCCUGGGCUUUGGUGUCUGCUUCAGCCUUUUGCUACUCGGGGGCAUCGUCAUGGGGCUGGUGUGUGUGGCCAUCACCUUCUACCAGACACUGUGGGCCCGGCCCCGGAGGGCUCGGCAGGCCUGGAGAGCAGGGGGUGGAGUUGGGGCCAAGGGGGGUGGGCCAGGGGGCUUGGGUACUCGGCCAGCCUUUGAGGUGCCAGCCAUUGUGGUGGAGGAUGCCCGAGGGAAGCGGCGGUCCUCACUGGACGGCUCCGAGUCGGCCAAGACGUCCCUGCAGGUCACCAACUUGGUCAGCGCCAUCGUCUUUCUCUAUGACUCACUCACAGGGGUGCCUAUCUUGGUGGUGAGCUUUUUCUCCCUUAAGUCGGACUCGGCUCCCCCGUGGAUGGUGCUGGCUGUGCUGUGGUGUUCGAUGGCUCAGACACUGCUGCUGCCCUCCUUCAUCUGGUCCUGUGAGCGCUACCGGGCUGAUGUGCGCACCGUGUGGGAGCAGUGCGUGGCUAUCAUGUCCGAGGAGGAUGGCGAUGACGAUGGAGGCUAUGAUGAUUAUGCAGAUGGCCGAGUGUGCAAAGUUCGCUUUGAUGCUAAUGGGGCCACAGGACCAGGGGCCAGGGACCCCACCCAGGUGAAGCUGCUACCUGGAAGGCACAUGCUCUUUCCCCCUCUUGAGAGGGUCCACUACUUACAGGUCCCUCUGUCCCGUCGUCUGUCCCAUGACGAUACCAACAUCUUCUCUACUCCUCGGGCACCAGGCUCCUUCCUGCACAAGUGGUCAUCUUCUGAUGACAUCCGGGUCCUCCCGGCCCAGAGCCGGGCCCUGGGAGGCCCUCCUGAGUACCUGGGACGAAGACAAAGGUUGGAGGAUGAGGAGGACGAGGAGGAAGCUGAAGGUGGGGGGCUGGCCAGCCUUCGCCAGUUCCUUGAAGGUGGGAUUCUGGGGUCAGCUGGGGGACCCCCAAGGGGUCCUGGCUUCUUCCGGGAGGAGAUCACCACGUUCAUUGAUGAGACACCUCUGCCUUCUCCAACUGCCUCACCAGGGCCCUCUCCUCGCCGGCCCAGGCCGCUGGGCCCCUCACCCCGCCGACUCUCCCUUGGGUCCCCUGAUAGCAGAGUCAUUGGACUUUCUCUGGGGCUAAGUGCAGGGAGACGCUGCUCCCUGACUGGAGGUGAAGGGACUACAAGAGCUUGGGGAGGAUCCUGGGGUCCAGGUAACCCCAUCUUCCCCCAGAUGACCCUGUGAGCCUAAUCAGGCCUGUGGACUCAGACGGAUGAGGGGGCCUGGGUGGGUAGCACCUUGCUCUGGCCCUGGGCCGAGGGCGCUGCCUCCAGACUCCGGGGAGAUGGGCACUGGAUCUGGGGCCCUGCAGCCUCUGCUGUCUCCCAUCCAAGUGACCAGAUGCCCUACUCACCUUCCAUCAUCCCUAUCAAAAUGUAUUAAAAUCUGAAGUGUUAUCACUGAAA